GGCAAUAAGUGGCCUGGAAAACGAAAAGGUAGCAGCAGAUCAAGAUAGAGAUCAGAUCAGGGAUGGGUGUGGUAGAGGCAUCAAAGGGUGCAGUUGGGGAUAUAAGGAGGAGGUUUGGAGGAAUAAAGGAGAGGGUGCUGGAGAAAAUGGCGGCCGCUGCAGUUCCAGCUGAUGCUUUGGACAACGCACGCCACUUGUUGGAGACGACAGUUAGGGAUGUCACAGUGGCGGCUCAGGGCCUCACCAAGGAUGCCUUGCACCGCAUAAAGACACAGCUUGUCAAUGUUCUGCCCUCCAUGUCCCCGGCCAUCACCACUAAGAUGGUGGAUGAAGCAGACAAAGAAGCAAAUAGAGAUGAGAAUGCAGAGUCUGAAAGGCGAGAGGAAGAAAGUAAUGAUGAUGAUCAACCACCAAGACAUCAUGAUGAUGAUAAUACUGGCAAGGCCCCAUUCAUUUCACCUGCGUCCUCUUUGUUUCGUAACAUACCAUUGUCGAGGCCAUGAAUGAUCAGGCCAAGUUGACUGAGCCAAGCUGAGGAGCAACUUUUCUCUACUUUUUCCCUGCAACAAUAUUAAUGGAAAGGAAAAUGCUCAUUUUCUCAUA